AUGGUGAGAUGGCUUCCUCCCCCCUCGGGAGCCUUCAAACUCAACUUUGACGGUUCAUGCAAAUGUACUUCAGUAGCAGCAGGUAUCAUCCUCAUAGACAACAAUGUCAAAACUAGUUCACCAGUCCCCUUCAAUAUGGGAAACACACAAGUUUAUAUGGCAGAACCUCUGGGGUUACACAAAGGUAUUCAGGAAGCAAUCCGCCUCAACAUCAAAGGUGAUAAUCUUCUGGUUAUUAAUGCAGUUAAAGGUGUUUGGAAAAUCCCUUGGAAGCUCCAAAAUAUCAUUAAUGAUAUCAAGCUACUCCUCCAACAGUUUCAUAGUUUUCACAUCCAACAUAUUUUCAGGGAAGCAAAUAGGGCAACAGAUUGGAUAGCUAAUGUUGGUCAUCUUAUUGUACAUCCUGAUGUGGGCUUUUGUUGGUCCUGGCGUGUCACCCUUUACACGGAGGAAGUCAUGGCUCGAAUUAAGCAGACGGCCAAUGUGGGUGCAUGA